AUGGUGUGGAGCACAGCAGUGAACCACCUACAAUACUGGUCAAGAGAUCUAGCUUUGAUUUCUGAGAAACUAAAGGUAUCUUAUGUAAAAGCUAUUGACAUCUGGAUGGCUGUAUGUCUUCUCUUUGUCUUUGCUGCAUUGCUUGAAUAUGCAGCAGUGAAUUUUGUGUCAAGGCAGCACAAAGAAUUUUUGAGGCUUCGAAGAAGGCAAAGGAGGCAACACAAGGAAGAAGAUGCAGCUCGUGACAGCCGGUUUAACUUUGGUGGCUAUGGGAUGGGGCACUGCCUGCAGGUCAAGGAUGGGACCACCGUUAAAGCCACCCCCCCCAAUCCUCCACCACCUCCCGUGCCAAAAGAUUCAGAUUCCAUCAAAAAGAAAUUUGUGGACCGUGCCAAAAGGAUUGAUACAAUAUCCCGAGCUGCAUUCCCACUUGCCUUUCUCAUCUUCAACAUAUUUUACUGGAUCACAUACAAAAUUAUACGUCAUGAGGAUAUUCACAAAAAAUAA